AUGUCUCACAGUGGCGAAUCCAAUCCACCACUAAACCCAGCACCACAAGCCGAUGAAGAAACCGAAACCCAUCAAGAAUCUCAAGUAGAAGAUACAGAAAUGAACGAAGAAGCACCAGAAACAGAAGAUCAUCAAAGUGAAGAUGUGAAUGAGAUCAAUCAAGAAUUAGAAGAAGAUUUGUUUGGUGGAGAUGAAGAUGGAGAAGAUGAAGGAGGUGAAGGAGAAGGAGAAGUGAUGAUGGAUGAAAAUGAACUUAAGAAACGAGAAGAAAUGGAAUAUCUUGAAGAUCCUUCACAGCUUCAACAUCAAGCUCGUGAUCGAUUGAUUGCAGAAGCUACACUUUUAAAUUUACCAUUACCAUAUGCAUCAGAUGAAAAAUAUUGGGAUUUUCGAUUACCUAACUUUUUGGAACUUGAUUCACAAGCCUUUACCGACCAAAAGUUUUUAAAUGAAGUGAAACGUUCUACAACGGAAGAAGAAGGAAACCCAUCGAAAUCGAGUUCAGUGUUUCCUGAUCAUAAUACGAUUCGUUGGCGUUGGGUGAUGGGUCGGGAUGGAAAACCGGUUAAACAAUCUAAUAGUCGAGUGGUUUCUUGGAGUGAUGGAUCCAAGUCAUUACAAGUCGGAUCGGAAUUAUUCGAUAUGGUUUUCAUUCACGAUCAUCAAAACCAAAACACACCACAACAUGAUUCGAAACCAGGAUCAUUAUCACAACCUAAACCCGAUCUAACACCCAACACACAAGGUCUAACUUAUUUAUUUGUAAGACAAGGAGAAUCACAAGUCUUAGAAUCACAAACUUCCAUCACAGGACAGAUCAGUCUAAGACCGUAUAGUUUAAAUUCGAUUACCCAUCGAAACCUGGUAGCCAAUCGAUCGAUGAACAAAACUUAUUCACAAAGACAAACUCAAAGUGUGGUGGUCACAGUGGAUCCAGAAAUGGAAAAACUUGGAAAAGAAUUAGAAGAAUCUAAACAGUUUAAAAAGAAUAAGAAAGAAGAAAGUAAACGGAAUCGAAACCAAUCGAAUUCUAAUGAUCAAACCGAUACGUUUGGUAAAAGUCGAACCAAUCGAUUUAAUGCUCCUGUUUUAUCUGAAGAAGCUGAUGAAGAAAUUGAAGAAGAAGAACCGGAAGAUGAGUAUGAAGAAGAGGAAGAAGAAGAAGAAGAAGAGAUUGUUGAAGAUGAAUCACCAAGUAAAUCGGUUAGAAAUAGGUUAACUGACCUUGAAUUGGCUGAUCAAAGAUUAGAACAAUCUUCAAAGAAGAAAAGAACCGAGAGAGAUGAUGAUAGAAGAGGUGAGGAAGUUGAAGAGAAGAGAAGUAAGAAGAAAUUAUUGAUCAUUGCUUCGGAUGAUGAAGAUUGA